CGCGCAAAUCCAGUUUUUCCCUAGCAUUGCGAAGCGAACAAAACCGCCAGAAGUAAGGUUCCAUUUAUUCUUCAAUAUUCAAAACUUUUUUCGUUGCCAGUCAACAAAUUAUUGAGAAAACUAUUCUUCAAUAUGGUUAAAAGCGAGGAAAAAUGUGUGCUCAAAUACGUUAAAAUGAGUGACAAAGCUUUUGCUCCUGAAAAAGGUUCACUUUUAUCAGCGGGUUAUGACUUGAAGAGUGCAUAUGAGCAUGUUGUUCCUGCACAUGGCAAAGUACUCAUCAAGACUGACCUGCAGUUUGCUGUUCCCAAAGGCACAUAUGGAAGGGUUGCCCCAAGAUCUGGUUUAGCUUUAAAGAAUUUUAUUGAUGUUGGUGCAGGUGUUGUUGAUGCUGACUACAGAGGAGAAGUAGGUGUACUUCUUUUCAAUCACAGUGAUAAUGAUUUUAUUGUCAAGCCUGGUGAUAGAGUAGCUCAGUUGAUUUGUGAAAAGAUUGCCUAUCCAGAGUUAGAAGAAACUACAGCCCUUAACGACACUGAAAGAGGAGCUGGUGGUUUUGGAUCUACUGGUAUCAACUAAGCUUCUGAACCAAAUAUGAUAAUCUAAAUGUUUUUAUUAAUGAUAGUUUUAAUGUUAUUUAAAUAAACCUUUUUGGAUACUUUUUUUUAUAAAAAACAA